AUGGCCCUACUGUCAUACGCCUCUGGCGUGUUCACCAUCGCAACAUGGCCCGCAAGAAUAGCCUGGAAGCCUGUGGCAUUCUUCAUCAACGUCAUCCUCAUACUACUAUCGCCGCUCUUACUCAUGGCCACAUUUGUUCUGGGAUGGUGCCAAUCCGUCAUCGACUUCAUAGCCAGCCUCCAGUUGGCCUGCGGUGCGUGCAUCGGCAUCUUGGCUGGCCUGACUAUGGCUUGCACAUCAGGCAUCAUCACCUCUGUCCUCGGCAUGCAUGAUGAGAGGUCUCGUUCUCUCUCUGCAACGCCAAUGCCGGGGACACCUUUGUCAGAGCGGCCUGGGACUGGCAAAACAGAAGACUCAUCAUCCUACGAGACUGAUUGGCAGUUGUUGAACAAGCCGCCCCCAAAGAGACGGAGGCGAACUCCUGGACUUUGGUCGCAAACGAUUCAUGAGGAGGACGACGAUGAUUCAGAGAUUUGA